AUGUGCCGAACACGUCGGCGCGCCGCGGUUUGCCAUUUUAGAAAUUCCAAUGCGGACCUUAUAAGACUAAUAAUUUCUCGUGGCACUUUACAAUAUAAUCCAUUUAUAUUUGUCGAAGACUUCGCAGAUCCACAAAUAAGAGAACUGGAUGUUGAUAAGAACGCGAAUUUGGUGUAUAUCCAUAUUACGGUAGAGAGAUCGCGGGGUCGCAUAGAGCAUGCGACAGUAACGCGCGGCAGCUGCGGGGCAACUAAAGGCGCGAUGGCGAAGACGGGUGUGGUGCUGCGAGGGGCGUAUCGUGCCGGCAGGGGGCGAAGUCCGGGGGGAAACGGCGGUGUCUGA